AUGUCUGCCACUAUGCGUGCUGUCCUCGUUAAUACUCCUGGAGACGCGUCUCAACUCUCUCUAGGCCAAUUCGAGAAGCCUACUCCCAAAGCUACCGAGAUUUUGGUUCGAGUCAAGGCAUUUGCUCUUAAUCGCAUGGAUAUCAUGCAAAGAGAAGGAAAGUAUCCUGUGGCAGUGAACGUCAGUCCUAUCCUUGGUGUGGAAGUAUCUGGAACUGUUGAGAGCAUUGGCAAAGAUGUCAAGGAUUUCAAGGUUGGCGAUGCUGUCUUUGGUCUUAUGCCUGGAGGAGCUUAUGCUGAGUUUGCUGUCCUUGAGCAAUCUUUAACCAUGCAUAAACCUGAAGCUCUUUCGUUUGAAGAGGCUUCUGCUAUCCCCGAGACUUGGUUUACUGCCUACCAAGCAUUGUUCUUUGUAGGCGAGAUGAAGAAGGGCCAAGAUGUGCUUAUUCAUGCUGGCGCUUCAGGCGUUGGUAUUGCUGCCAUCCAAUUAGCCAAGGAAGCUGGAGCCAAUCGCAUCUUUGUCACUGUCGGCUCUGAUGAAAAGGUCAAGUUCUGUGAGAGCAUCGGUGCUACCAAGGCUAUCAACUACAAGACUGAAAACUGGUCUGAUGUCAUUUUGCAAGAAACUGACAAGAAGGGCGUCAAUGUCUUGAUUGAUUUCAUUGGCAAGGACUACUGGAAACAAAAUAUGGAGGUCUUGGGUUUAGAUGGCCAUAUGGUUAUCUUGGCUUUCAUGAGUGGCGCCAAGAUUGAAGACUUUGACAUUACCGUUUUGCUUCGCAAGAGACUGAGAAUCGAAGGAUCCAACCUCCGUGCCCGUUCUUUGGAAUACCAAGCUCGUUUGCGCGAUUCAAUCUAUCAACAUGCUGUAUUGGACCACUUUGCCAAGCACGAUGGCACUCUCAAGGUCUUUGUUGAUAAGGUCUUCAACUGGGAAGACAUCAUCGAAGCUCACAAGUAUCUCGAAAGUAAUCAGUCCAAGGGCAAAAUCGUUGUCAAGGUUACUGAAAACCAAUAA